CUUCUCCUUCCCAGGAUGGCGGCUGUUGAUGUGAGAGAAGAGCUGAGCUGCUCCAUCUGCCUGAGUAUUUAUACUGACCCUGUAAUGCUGCCGUGUGGCCAUAACUUCUGCCAGGACUGCAUUGGGAAGGUGCUGGAUACCCAGGAGGGAUCUGGGGGUUACACCUGCCCUGAAUGCAGAGAGGAGUAUCAGGAGCGCCCUGCCCUGCACAGGAACAGGACUCUGGGUAACAUAGCAGAGAAAUUCCUUCCUACUCAGCCUGAGCCGGGGGAGACUGAGAUCCUCUGCACUUACUGUGACUCUCCUGUACCUGCUGUUAAAUCCUGUGAGCAGUGUGAGACCUCCCUGUGUGAUACUCACUUACACAAGCACAACAAGUCUGUACAACACACCUUAACUGAGCCCACCUGUUCCUUUAUGGACAAAAAAUGCUCCUCCCACAGUGAAUUCCUGAGGUAUUACUGCUGUGAGGAUGAUGUCUGUGUCUGUGUGUCCUGCUGUCUGACCGGAGAACACAGGGGCCACAGGGUGGAGCUGCUGAGUGAGGCCUCUGAGAAGAAGAAAGAGAAACUGGGGAAAGUUCUGGGAAAACUGAGCCAAAAGAAAGAGAAGACUAAGAGAAGAGUCCAGAGACUACAGGAGCACAGGAGAGAAGUGGAAGAAAAAGCAGCUGGAGAGACAGAGAGAGUCACUGACCUGUUUAAGGAAAUCAGGGAACAGCUGGAAGCCCUAGAGAAGCGACUCCUGAGUGACAUCUCCAGCCAGAAAGAGGAGAUUUCCCUUCAACUCUCUGAUCAAAUCAAACAGCUGGAAAUAAUGAAGGACGAGUUGUCCCAGAAGAUCCGUCACAUUGAGGAGCUGAGCAACAUGGCAGAUCCACUCACUGUCCUACAGGAACGGGAAUCACAUGGAGCUGCAUUCUGUGGGACUGAGGAUACAAACUGUCAUUUUGAGGUUACUGUGGGUGAGGAAGAUGAUUUUGAUGUUACUGUGGGUGAGGAAGAUGAUGAUAAUGUUGAUGAGGAGUCUGAUGUUGAGGUAGAGGAAAACUAUUCUGACAAGGAAAACACUGACUAUGAAGCAGAGGGAAAAUGUGAUAAAGAAGAUAAAGGUGAGGAGACAGAUAAUGAGGAUAGAGAGAGAGAUGAUAUAAAGGUCCCUGAUACAGGGAAUCUGAAUAAAGGACUGAUCUCAGAGACAUUACUCACAGGCUUAGCUGCCAUUGUGACUGGGGUAAAGGGAAGAAUCUAUGGGCAGGAGGCUACAGACCUGUUACUGGAUAUAAAUACGGCCUAUAGACGUGUUGCUUUAUCAGAGGACAGGAAAACAGCAACUUGGUCAGAGACUGACAUUUGUUACCCCAACACACCAGAGAGGUUUAUAGAAUAUUCCCAAGUGUUAAGCAGCAGGAGUUUCCCAUCUGGGCGACAUUACUGGGAAGUGGAGGGAAGUAAAUUUGGGAAAUGGGAUAUUGGGGUGGCCUAUCCCAGUAUAGAGAGAGAAGGAGAUGAAUCAGGUAUAGGGAAUAAUAUUCAUUCCUGGAGUUUGUCCAAAUAUUGUGAUGAAUUUACAAUGUUACAUAACUCUGUUAAAACUCCUGUAUCUCCCACCUGUGAGAAAUUCAGAAUCUCACUGGACUAUGAGGCCGGACUUCUGUCCUUCUAUGAACUGAGUGAGCCAAUCAGACACUUACACACCUUCACUGCCUCCUUCACUGAACCCCUGUACCCUGCAUUCUAUGUGUAUGACAAGGGCUGGGUGAGAAUCUGCAACUGAUCCCACUGAUCUCUCCCCAGCACAGACACUGUCAGUCUCAUUCUCUUCUCCCUAUAGAUUAUUUGUACUGGAAAUCUUAAAAUAAAUGACAAUCAGGACAGAAUAGGGACACAGGUUUUGUGCAUAAAGCUUCAACAGUGCCAUUUAAAUGGGGAAUACUCUGAUUAUAAUUUGUUUAGGGAAUUACAUAUCACAGCAGAACAGUGUAAGGCUAUCAUUCUUGUGUAGAGACGUCCCCUUCAGUCCCUUUAUAUAAUUAUUUAGAAAUAGAUCGGCACCUAUGUGAAAUUUUUUUUUUAAUGAAUCACCACGAAGUACAGAAUUCUCAUGGGAUUAUAAUUGUGAUACUUUUACACACUUGUUAAAUUGGCAUCAUGUUACUUUUUCAGUGGUGUGAUCUGAUUACACACAUGUUCAGCCAAAGUCUCUCAUAUAUAUACAUGUAUGUAAUACAGACCAUUUCCUAAUGUUUUUGGCACAAAUAAACACUUUCAAACCAA